AUGGAUCAGUCUGUCUCCCAGGAGAAAAAGGCCAUCCCGCGCUUCGCGAGCUUCAAGCCCCAGCCAGCUCCGCCGCCCGAUAACGAUCGGCCUCCCGAGCGCCCCAGUCGUGAACGAGAAACCGAAGACAGGUCCAGACAUCGGUCGAGGCACCAUUCCAGCCACAAAGCCCGCCAUCGCCAUCGCUCGCGAUCAAGGGAAUGGAGGGACCACCGCAAGCAUUCUCGCCGUGACCAUAAGGAGUCUCGUCGACAUGACAAGGAGCCCGCCCACGCACCCACGCCAUCAAGGAGUCCCGUGAAGGAGCCAACGGAGGACUCGUCGGACCUCUACGUGAUUGAUCGCAAAGGAGAUAAGUACAAUAUGAUAUACGGGACGAUACAUCGAUACAGCGUUCCUCGCUACUACCGUAUUGGUCGUGGUCGUGUCCUCGGACUGCCGCCGAACUAUAGAAUCGACCGCGACACCAUUGGAGAAAAUGAGAUUGUGCUGAAAUCUGAGACGUCGCGCACGGAUACUUCAAAAGCCAGGACAAAUAAGUUCUUGUCGGCGUCAAGCCGAUUGGCACCAAGGCUACUGCGAGUCCGACCGACAACCUCCACGAACGACCCGAUCAAAUCAUCUGACGAUUUCGUACCUCUGAGAUUUUCUCGCCGAAAGGAGCGCGAAGACGAGUAUGGCGAAUCCGGCACAGAUGAUGAAAAGUACGGGUAUCGCUCGAUCCAUGGCAAACUCAAGCAAGAUGAUGGCCUUCCGAGUGACUUGGAGCCGAUGUCGGAUACCGACAUAAGUGGCGGGGAAGGAGUUCGUCGAGACCCAGAUAUUGAUAUUAAACGCCGCAAUGUCGAGUUAUCUCGAAACGUGGAGCAGCGCCCGACAGAUGUCGAGGCCUGGCUGCAGCUUAUUGAUCAUCAAGAAACGGUUCUUCGGGGUUCUGCGAAGCAGUCGAGCUCUUUGACAAGCGCAGAGCGAAACAGUCUAGCCGAUAUUAAGCACUCUCUGUACGAAAAGGCUUUGAAAAAGGUCGGACAAGGUGCUGGCCGUGAUCGCCUUCUCAUUGGUCGUCUAGAAGAGGGCUCGAAACUGUGGGAUACAAAGAAGCUAUUGGCGCAGUGGCAUUCCACACUGAAGUCGAACUCUCGGUACAUCAGUCUUUGGGUGAAGUAUCUCGACUUUCGCCAGACAGAGUUCCUUAAUUUUAGUCAUGAUCGCUGCCUUGCUACCUUUACCGAGUGUCUGAGCCUGAACAAGGCUUCGCCCGAUAGUCUGGAGAAAGCCCGAGUGCAGGUUUAUUUAUUUCUUCGCUUGACCCUGUUUCUUAGAGAGGCAGGAUAUAUGGAACAGGCAACCGGCCUCUGGCAAGCGAUUCUCGAGUUGACGUUCUUUAGUCCGCGAGACCUAGACAUCAACGCGGAUGCCAACAGCGUGCUGUCAGCAUUCAGCGAGUUCUGGGACUCGGAGACUCUGCGGAUUGGCGAUGUUGGAGCUAAGGGCUGGAGAAGUGGCAUUUCAACCUUGCUUGACCCGGUAGUCUUUGAGCCACAAUGCCGGCUCAACCCAAACUCGAUAUUGGCUUCUUGGGCAGAUUGUGAACGAGAGCGUAUGAUGAACUCUCAACUUCCAGCGCGUAGCGUGGAUGAGCCAGAAGAUGAUCCUUACCGCGUGAUUCUCGCCUCGGACCUCAAAGACUUUCUUCCUCUGGCUUCGUUACCUGAUUCGACGACCGAGCUGGUUGAUAGUCUUUUGUACUUCUGCCACCUUCCUCCAAUUACUACUAUCAAAAAUCUGCAGACUACCGGACACUGGAUGGGUGAUAGCUUCCUGCGAAACGACGUAACCGGCGCCUCUUAUGCGAGCCUUGAUGACUGGCUCCCGAACCCCAGCACCGACACCGAGGGCAUAUCUUCUACUGCUUUCCUGCAUCAACUGUUUAUUCACGACUUCGAUACCUACUUCUCAGAGUCUGUACCAUGGUUUUCCUCUUUCAGUGCAUGGGCCAAAGUCACAUCUGGCCCAACUCAUGUCGUCGUCCGUGACUGGGUGCGAAGAACCCUCCGGCUUUUGGUUGAAGCAAUGCCGUCUAAUGAAGAUCUGGCGGAAUAUGCAGUCGCGGUUGAGUUCGUCUGCGAUCCCAAGGAAGCCAAAAAAUAUGCCAAAUCGCUACUCAAAAAGCACCCGUCCUGCCUUCGUCUAUAUAAUGCAUACGCUCUUAUGGAGCGUCGAACCGGCAACCACGCAACUUCUGACCAUGUGCGAGCAACUGCUGUUUCCAUGAGCAAGACAUUUUCGAAUGAACAGCAAGUAGACAGUGUCCAUCUCUGGCAUACCUGGGUUUGGGAGCUUUUAGAGGGUCGGAACAUAGCCCACGCCGCUCAUCUCCUAGUUUGCAUGCCGCAGAACGCGAUUGAUCUACGAAGCUUCCCUAAUCCCACGAGUACACCGGCAGUGAGCGCAACUAAUCUCUUGAAAGUCCGCAACUACUUAUCAGAAUCCCAAGAGAGCGCGAUUGCAAAGCAAAGGCCAACCCUCGUCAAGGCCUGCACAGACUGCCACGCCAUCCUUCUCUAUCUCACAAACACCCAAGACCUCGACAAAGCUCUCGAAGCAUAUACCCUCACUCUUCACAGACUCUCGUCGCUUCCCUCCUCCGCAGAGUCAUUUGUCUCUUACACCACACAGCUUCUCCACCAAGCGCGCGCAAGACUCCUCCAUUACCACCUGCGCACAAGUACCAUGUAUAAACCAUCCUCCAUCCGUACACUCCUAACAGAAAGCAUCGCUUUAUUCCCGCAUAAUACGAUUUUCCUCUCCCUCUUCGCCUGGAACGAGUCUCGCUUCCGCAUCGAGGAGCGCGUUCGCGAUAUUAUGCGAGAAGUCACAACGGCCAAAACACAUAGCAAUAAAUCACCAUCUUCAGCUUCAUCCAUACUGACAUCAGACUCUCAAAUCCCGAUAACAACCCACCUCUUCUCCAUUUACACCGAACUUACUCGCCCCCUCUACGCCGGAUCAACCCUCCACUCCGCCCGCGCCGCAUUCGAGCGCGCUAUCGGCGACCAGAACCAGAGCACCUCCAGCACCUCUACCUCCACCUCGAAUUCCAGCAUAACCCUCUGGACCCUAUACAUUUACCUUGAACUCUCCCGCAACGAAAUCAGCCGCGCAAAGAGCAUCUUCUACCGCGCAAUGCGCGCGUGCCCUUGGUCAAAGGAUAUUCUCAUGCUCGCGUUUACGCAUCUCCGUGAUGAUAUCGUCCGACAGCGGACGGACAACGCGAGCAAUUCCAAUAAUGCUGGAAUUCCGCAGAAGGGCGAGGGUAUGAAUUUCCAUGAACUGCGGCACGUAUAUAAUGUCCUUGUGGAGAAGGAAUUGAGGAUUCACAUUGACAUUGAGAGGGAGUUGGAUGAGCUUGCGGUCGGUAUGGAGGAAGGGAAGGGCGCGCCGAUUUCUAUGCCGGAGGAUGUGGAGAGUGGGGAUGAGGCUAUGCAGAUAUGA